CUCUCUCUCUCUCUAACCCUUCCCCUUUCUUCAAUCCCUUGUCGUUCUCUCUUUCUCUCUCUAGGUUUUCAUCUCGAAACCCUAAUUCCACGCUCGAAGUUCCCAUUUUCCACCCCGUCUCUGUCUUCGCUCGUCCAUCUAGGGUUUCGGAAUGGGGGUUCGAAGAUAAAACCCUAAAUCCCCAAAUGGACUUCUCUUUUGUACCCUCCAACGAUGAGUAAUAGAGAAGAUUUCCCAAUCGAAGGCGAGUCCAGCACCUCGAGAAUCCACAUCCCUCAAGCGAAUCGCGAUCUCCAGUCGAAUUGGGAACUCGAUCUCGCCAAUAACAUAGAAGAGUACCUUCUCAAGAUUUGCUCCGGCGAGGUCUCGCCUGAUCACGAGAGCUCGAUUAAUUUCGCUGAGGCUGCGCUGCUGCUGCAAGGUUCGGUCCAGGUGUACAGCAGGAAGGUAGAGUACUUGUAUUCGUUGGUUCUCGCUGCAUUGGAGUUUCUCUCGGAGAAGAGGCAAGAUCAACAGGAAAAAACUUCUGUACAGCCAGAUGGAGGUGAACCUAGUGCAGUUAUUGAGGAUGAGAAUGAGGUUUUCUUGGGGUUGGAUGAUGUCCCUGUGGAACCUAAGAAUUGCCUGGAUCGUAGACAUGACAAUGAAGACACUUCCAAUCAUUUUGUCAAGCCUCCUGCGAAUUUGCUUGUACUAGAAGGGGAUUGUUUAGAUAGCAGUGAAGACGCCAGUGAAUUAGAAUCAUAUCUGUUAGCUACUUGCAACUUUUACAGAGAUUUUCUUCUUUUGGACCCGUGUGAUGCGGGAGCUGUUUACAAAUUUCUAAAAGGGAAAAGUGUUGACCAAGAAGAACCUGCUUUGUAUAGAGGCAGCUCAGUGCGCUCUAAAAAUCGCCGCAGUAUUUUUUCUUCUCCAACCGGAAGGUCCGGUGGAACUCCUCAUAGAUCAAGUUUAGGGAAGAACCAAGGGGUCACUCUAAACAAAACUCCUGAGAGUAACCAUGCAUGUGAAAAUAAUAUUGAUGAUCCAUCCUGUGCUUCAUAUGAACCUGAAGAGGAACCAAAUUUUGGAGGUUCAAACGUUGGAGAUGAUUCAGACAGUGAUAGUGAUGAUCCAUGGAAGCCUUUAAAUCCUCAUGAACCCGGAAACUUGAAAAUAAAACCGUUCAAAGCAAGCAAACCUUUUGGAAGACAGAUUAGUCGCAAUUCAAAGCAGAAUACUGUAACUUCUCAAUUUCCUAUUGCUAAAGUGGAUGGGGUGAUCAGUCCAGAGCUUGCAGAAACAUUUGAAAUAAAGCGGCGUUUACAGGAUCAACAAAAUGCAUCUCAGUCCCCUCCUCUUUUUGAAAAGCUAAGAAGGUCAUUUACAAAUGGAGAAGAAGAAACCUUUAAUGCUUUUGGUGGCAUUGAGGAUGAAAAUGAUUGUAAUGAUGAUGGCUUUCCUGAUUUUGAUCAUAGAGAGUUUGAUCUACCAAAUAAUACAUACGAUAUGGAUACAGAGCUAUCGCCAAACUGCGGGAAGAGAGAUGAUGCUGCAACUUUUGAUGGCACCGAAGCUUUUACACAAGAUAACCUGGGUUCUGAAGCAAGUCUCGAGGAUAUUUGUCGUUCACAUCUGGAUGCACUUCUUGCAAGCAUAGCUGAAACUGAAAAGCAGACGGAGUUGGCUACCCGUGUUUCAACAUGGAAGCAGCGAAUUGAGCAAACCUUGGAAGAGCAAGAUACCCACUCCGCUUUUGAUAUACAUCAAUAUGGUGAGAUGAUUCUUGACAGGUUAUCUUCAGAAGCAGAUAACAGUGGGAGCAUGCCUUUCACAAACGUUGUAAAGGGCCAACCUAAACAUGAUGUUGCUCGAACUUUCUCUGCACUUUUGCAGCUGGUAAAUAAUGGGGAAGUAGACCUGCAAAGAGCUCCAGCUAAUAGCAAGCUAAUAUGCUUCACAGCUGAAAAUCCCUUUACUGUCAAGCUCCUUCGCAACAGCAGGCAAAAAGAGGAAAUGGGAAUGUUUUCGAGGAAGAGAGUGAAGUCCCCAUCAAAUCACCAAAACAGCAGCAAAGCUAAUCCCUCCACCUCACCCUCAAAACCCUCAAAUCAAAGUGGUAGGUUGUCUGUUAAGCUCGGGAAGGGUGCUGUUAUUAGAUGCACCCCUGAGGGUAAGAGGAGGCGAAGGUCUCGGUUAGCAUCAGUAGAUUUGCAGCCUGCUGGAUGACCUAAUACAGAAAACUUCAUUUAUCUUUUAAUUUACUCCGCUAGAUGCUUUCAACUCCAAAGCUCUAUGAUGUUUUCAUCUAUAACUGAAGUAUCCGAGCUUUGGCUAACAAUUAAGCAGGAUAGUCCACUUUGUAUUGUAGAUUUAGGCUAUUAGAUAUUAGAUAUUUAUGUGUUACGCAUUUUCCUGUGUAUGUAUUAUCCUUGAUCUAUUAUUCUCUGUUCAACAUGUAACGUUAGAUGUUUAAUUUAGAAAUGUGAUUUAUACAGUUUCAAAUAUAUCUUGUGUCUUCCCA